GGAAGGGGUGGCAGGCACCAUGUUGAGCCGCGAAGGUGGCAAGAAGAAGCCCCUGAAGCAGCCCAAGAAGCAAGCCAAGGAGAUGGACGAGGAAGAUAAGGCAUUCAAGCAGAAACAGAAGGAGGAACAAAAGAAACUCGAGGAGCUAAAAGCGAAGGCCAUGGGGAAAGGCGCCCUGGCCACAGGUGGAAUUAAGAAAUCUGGCAAAAAGUAAGCUGUUCCUUGUGCCUGAGGCAAUGAUGAUCCUUAGUUCCAUUCCUGUUUAAACAUCUGGAUUAAACAUCUGGAUUCCCUGCCAUAACAUCUGUUGCCACCUAUAGCUAGAAUGAAGUGUUGUCUUGGAACCUAUUGUACAUUUAAGAAUAAACUUUUGUAAAAAAAAAAAAA